AUGGACGCGGCGGUGCAGAUUAAUGAAGAAAACGAGAGGAGAGGUCGGGAGCCCUUUGAGGAGGCACUGAUGGUCGCGAUGGCGGUUGACUGCGGGGCGGAAGAGGCGGAUGACGGCGGUGGGAUGAAAGGGAAGGUUCGUGGGCCGUGGUCACCCGACGAGGACGAUAUUCUAACAGGUCUGGUGAGGAAAUUCGGUCCUAGAAACUGGAGUAUGAUCGCCAGAGGAAUUCCGGGCCGUUCUGGGAAGUCUUGCCGCCUCCGUUGGUGUAAUCAGCUCGACCCUUGCGUCAAGCGAAAGCCCUUCACGGAUGAGGAGGAUCGUAUUAUUAUUGAGGCACAUAAAGUGCACGGGAACAAAUGGGCGUCAAUUGCAAAACUCCUCCCAGGCAGAACAGACAAUGCAAUAAAAAACCACUGGAACUCUACCCUUAGGCGCAGGUUCCUCAACUUAAGAAGGUCAAUGGCAGCCGAUCAAAUGUACAUUGGCUCGAAUAUCAACUCGGUGAAGUCCUUUUCAGACGAGACCCCAUCAAACUUACCCCUCAAUUCGUUCAAGUCAUCUGACAAAAUGAAAAAUGAAAAUUCAGAAGACACUGUCAGGAUUCCACAGCUUCCACUUACUUUAAUCGAAGGCAAAUAUCAAGCUACUUCAAGCUCUCCUGUUACGGAACAAAAACAACCCCUCCAUGAGAAUGUUUAUCCCUCAGGCUCACCUGACAACUGUCCAAUGAUUUCCAAAGUUGGUGCCUUUACCGUCUGUAAUAAUUCUUUUUUUAAACAGAAUACUGAGAUGUUCAAGUUUGUCGACGGGGGGCCGAUUGUGCGGUUGCAGUGUGGCCAUGGCUGCUGUGAUUGUGAAGGCCCGAAUGGUGUGUUCCCUAAAAUCUCAUUGUUGGGGCCUGAGUUUGUGGAAUAUGAUGACACACCCGAUAUGUUUAGCCCUGAACUGGCUUUGCUUGCUAGGGAUUUGAACAGUAUUCCAUGGAUGAGAAGUGGUCUGGAGGAGAAUAUGAAAAUCGAUCAAGUGUUAGACUUAGAUGGCCGAAAUGUGUUUUCCGAAGAUGGGAUGAAAGCUUUGAGAGCUGAGGUGGAGGAGGUUAUGUGA